CACACCAACUUCCCUUUCGUCCGUGACUUCAAAUUCGAGAACGAUCCUCACUACCACAAGUACAAACAGGGCCAAUACCAUUUCCCGAAUGACGAAUCUGAGCAACAACGAGAAAACAUGAAGCAUCACAUGAUCGUUGCCCUCUGCGGCAAUAAGCUACACAACGCGCCCCUUUCCGAUCCCAGGAAGGCCCUUGACAUUGGAACAGGUACGGGAAUGUGGGCUAUUGAGAUGGGUGAAACAUACCCUGAAGCAGAGGUUGAGGGCAUUGACUUGAGUCCCAUUCAGCCGCCAUUCUUACCACCAAACGUACACUUCAUUGUUGACGACAUUGAGGCACAAUGGCUGCACAAGGACGAUUCUUUGGACUACAUUCAUUUGCGUCAUAUGGUGCCAUCGGUCAAGGAUUGGCCAAAGCUACUGCUCAGGCGUACAGGUGCGUACAACGAUUCGAAAUCCUUGUCUGCCGAAUAUCUCUGA